UAGUACCACUAGUCAUAGUAAAACUAAUGAGUCAUGAAGUGUGCCAUUCGAGGGCGGCUAUUACCAAGAAGUGAUGUUUGUCGCACUUCUCGUUGCAAUCAAUUACAUCGGUUGGUAGAUUAUCUUUAUCAAAUUUAUUCAAAAUUCCCUGCGAAUGAAUCAGCUUUAAGAACUGAACUACUGUAAUAGGCCAGAAAGUCGUAGUCGUCAUUUUCCCAAUUCAAAAAACGCCCAUACAAAAGUGCUGGACGCUAGCCCCACUAUAAAAAGUGUACGAUAUGCGAACAAUCUGAUCUGUCUACCUGGGUAAUUUUAUGCAUUACUAACGACCAGCGCCACGUCGAUAUAAAACUGUCUGCCAAGUGGAAUUUCAUAACAGAAGAGAACUGAACAUGCGAGCGAUUUUUAUAUUGUGCACACUCCUUGUAUGCCUGGUUGUAUUAUUGCGAUUAAGUUGGGGCGGCGGCAGUUCGGAUUCCCAGGACGUGACCAGCUCAAAUCGCAAGUUUGUAUCGCACAAGGACUUAUAUUCUUCAUAUGACUGGUCCAAAGAUGUCAUCAAGAACGGUGAAAAGGAUAACGAUUUGAAUGCCAUUACUGGACAAGAUAUUUUGAAGUCAAAAGCGAGACUUCAAAAGCUUCUGACUAUUCUGAGGCGAGAACCGCCAAAGGAUAACUACUCUAAAGAUUUACCAGUUGAAGUUGAUGCCACCAGUGAUCCAUCUAAUGCAGAAUAUACAACCAUCUUAUGUAAUCCAGUUAUUGACGAAAACUGCGAACCCGAGUCUAUUGGACCAAGACUAAGCGCAACUCUACUUAAGAUCCUUGCAUAAAUUCUACAUAAAUCGAAAGCAAAUCAAACAAAUUAUUUUAUAUAUAAUUAUUAUUAAUCGACUAGUACCU